ACAAAAGGUCAGCUUUUAGUUACGCUGCAGUGUUUUAGAUUCCCUCAUUCUGUUAAACUAAUUCUCAUUACAUUAUGUGUUUUUAAUCAAUGUCCUCCUUGUCAAAGUGCUGAUAUUUAGUUCAUAAAAGUUAAUAAAAAAUCUUAAAAUUUAUUCGAUAAAAGACGGGCAGUCAGUGUAAAGAGGUCAGUAUAGGCCUUAUAUGGUCACGCUUCCUGGUUCCUGUAAGAAGCCGAGCAGUUGCGUUCUGGAUCAUUUGAAAUCGCUGCAUCUGUGAUUUAUCCAUACCUCUAUAUAAUGAAUUGCAAUAAUCCAAACGAGAUGUAAUGAAGGCAUGGACGAAUGGAUAAGUCCUUCAAAGUCCUUAAAACAAAAAUAAGAUUUAACUUUUGCUAAAAUCCCCAAGUGAUAAAAAUUUGAUUUAACGACAGAGCUAACUUGUUUAUCUAGCUUUAAACAGCUGUCAAAAGUAAAACCAAGAUUCCUAGCAGAGGUCUGACAAAACCGAGCUGAAGAACCAAGAAUCAGAUCUGGAUCUGUUGUGUGAAGACUGACCAAAUAAUUUAACUUGAGUUUGAUUGAUUUUGAUUUUGAUUUUGGAAAGUUUUGUUCCAUCCAAGAUUUGACUUCAACUAAACAAUCUAUCAAUAGCUGAUGAGAUUAAUUUGUACCAUUUUGUAGUUUAAGGGGCAGAUAAAUCUGGAUGUCAUCCUCAAAGCAAUGAAAGGAAACAUAAAAUUUAUGGAAAAUCUGGCCAACAGGCAAUAAAUAUAUGAUAAACAAAAUGGGACCUAAAAUUGAGCCUUGGGGGACGCCAUUCUUUAAGGUUUGGCGCCAGAACAGCAUUGGUCCAGAUGAACUGAGGAAGUUCUGUUUUCUAAAUAAGAUUUAAAUCAUUCAAAUACUGGGCCUCUCAGGCCAACACAAUGUUUUAAUCUAUAUAGGAGAAUCUGAUAAUCUACAGUGUCAAAUGCAGCACUCAGAUCUAGAAAUAAUAAAACUGCUACAUUGCCUGAAUCAACAGUUAAAAGCAGAUCAUUAAACACUCGAAGCAAAGCUGUUUCACUGCUAUGAGUAGCUUUAAACCCAGACUGAAAUUUCUCAGUUAUUGUCUUUUAAAAACAUUUCAACAUUUUAAUCCACAGGUAAGGUGGGUAAAUAUUUAAUUCACCUUACCUGUCUUUAUCAAAUGGGGUUUCUUCUACUGGAUAAGAUAAAAAUCCUCUAUAGUUUAUGAUCCAUCGAAACAAUAGAGCAUUCAGCCAUUAAAAUUGCCAUUGUAAUUACAUUAUGGCAUGAGGAUCUAUAAUGCCUUUAGAGCAUGUCGGUAAGUUUUAUUUAAAAUAGUUUUUUCUCUUGAUACAUAUUUGUUCAAACUUUAUAUGCCGUGACAGUGUAACAUGAGACAGAUAAUCCUUGGGGGAAAAAAUCAAGUUCCUCCACCACCAUCUAUAAAUCUGCUGUCAUCUGACCAAUGAAGUGCUCCGUCAAAAACAACCAAUCAGAGCCAGGAGGAGGGGCUUAGCGCUGUCAAUGACUCUCUUGGUCACAACAUCCUCGUUUCUCUCUGCUAUGCUACAGCAGAGAGCUAGCCACCCAUGAAUACUAAGGCUAGAUAGCAUGGCUACUGACGACAGUGGAUAAAGAACGCCAAAUUGUUUCUCCACGUUUAGCAAGUGCACAAGUUUGAUUGACAACGCUAAGACCCUCCUCCUGGCUCUGAUUGGUUGGUUUUGACUGGCAUUUCUGCAGACGGAAAUUGGAGCUCAGGGAGGAAGUGGAGGAACUCAGUCUUGUCACAGAUUAUCUGUCAAAUAUUACACUGUCGGGACAAAGUGACAGUUUUUAACAAAUUUGCAAAAAAAAAAAUAUAUAUAUAUAUAUACAUUUUUUAAAUAUUGCACACUGUCGAUUUAAGUCAGAGUACUAUCAACACUUAGAGCAGCUCAUCAAUUCAGCUGUGCAGUAACUAAAGCUUAUCCAAUACAUACUGAUUCCACAUUUUAAAUACGUCAAUAAUUCUGACAAACUAGUCACUAUCAGCCUGAGUCUGUAAAGGAGACAAGGUUACUCUGCUGCAAGUGUCAGCUGAGUUUAUUUACAAUCAAACAACCUGCUUCCCCAUAUAUAGUAAAAUUUUGCACGUAUUUGUUUCCGUACUUAAAAGAAACAUCAUAAUUAACAGUAACUGCAACUCCAGGGAAUGCAGGUCAACAGUUUUGAAUGAUUCAACCGAGUUUGCAGUAGUUAAAAGAGGAAGAGCAAGUGAUUCUGCUGAGUCUUGCAAACCUGUCUCACAGUUUUUGAUUAGUCGUGUCUUGUGGUUUUUGCGUUUUAUCAAAAUCCAGCCUGUCUGACAAUAUGACAUGGGCUAACAGAUCUCAAAAACAUACCAGUGAAACUCAGGAAUUGGUAUGAAACAAAGUAAGUUAUUUUCAACGAUAAAGAGCCUGAUCAAAAAGGAAAGGAAAACAAAAACAGAAAACAUUAACUCACAUUUGCCAAAAAAGCAUGAAUUCUGUUCUCCUGCUGAACAUGCUGAAGGAGAACAUCAUCAGUUUACGACUGUAAGCUCAAGCACAAGCAACUAAAUCAACCUCUGGAUGGAAAGAAAUUCAAGGUACCAUAGUGGCCUAAUCAAAGUCUGGAUAUAAGUCCAACCGAGAAGCUUUGACCUGACCUUUGAGCAACGUGGCCAAAUUAAAACAAAUCUGGAAAACGGGAGAAGAUGAAAUUCCUUAACAAGAAUACAGAAGUUUUAUUGCGGGUUAACACAAAUGCUUGACUGCAUCUAUUGAAACCAAGGCUGGCACAAGUUUAGAGCCAAUUAUACAAUUAAACUGGGGUAAAGUUGGGUUGUGGGUCUUUAAAUUAAGUAAAAGCUGCCGUCUGAGAGACCAAUUCAGUCUGUCUUAACUUAAAAUGACUCAUUACUACUAUGAAUAUGUGGUCUGUGUGGUUUUCAGUUAACACACAGACCAUACACAUAUUGCAAGUCCAGCAAAAAUUUCCAAGAUCCUAAAUUUUCAAGAAUUGUUUUUUGUGGCUUAAUUUUUUUUUUCUUUUUCAAGUUUUGUAAAGCUGUGAUGGUGGGAUAGAGGUACUUCCAAAGAAAGAGGAAGAAAUUUUAACACAAAAAUUGUGUCAGCAUCUCCACUUGUCAUAGACGCACCAAGGACCAAAGGUGGCUUUUGGCAGAGACUUAUAGAUUGAGGCCUCGCUGCUUAACAAGAAAACAGAGAUGGUUUUCCACAGAGAGCACUAUGGACGUUCUGUGGCGUACGAGAAAUUCAGCGAUACUCUUUAUACCAGCAAUGAUGGACCGGAGAGCUGCUCAGAUAAUAACAGCAAACCCACUUCGGAACUUCAGCGGUACAAGUUGGCCGCAGCCACCUUUGGACUUUUGUGUCUGCUGCAGCUAAGUCUUAUGAUUUCUCUUACUCUUUCAGCUUCCAGCAAUCAGAGUCUGAUUGAGAAGGAGAAAAAUGAACUGAAGACACUCAACUCUGGCCUCAAUGCCAGGAAUAAAAACCUGACAACAGAAAGAGAGCAGCUGAGGAGGAAUCUAAGUGACGUUGUUUCACAACGUAAUUCUCUGACUAAGGAGAGAGAUGAACUAAAGAAGACCAACCUUGGUUUCUGGUCCAAUCUAAAAAAUCUGACUGCAGAGAGGGAAAUGCUGCUCAGAACCAUCAAAGGCACCGAGGCCGAUAACAAAAAUGUGACUGAACAGAGGGAUGAGCUGAGGAAAGAACUUAAAAACCUCACUUUAGAGUUCAGUUUCCUGACUGAGGAGAGAGACGAGUUGAAGGAGAUUAAUCUCGGUAUCGAGGCAAAUCUGAAAAACCUGACCGACGUGGGAGAAACGCUGAUCAGAACCAUCAAUGCCACUGAUGCUAUCAAUAAAAACUUGACUGAAGAGAGAGACGAGCUGAGGAAAGAGCUCAACAACCUUGCUUCACAUCUUAGUUCCCUGACUAAUGAGAGAAACGAGUUGGAGAAGUUAAACUCUGACAUUGGGGCCAGUCUGAAAAAUCUGAGUGAAGAGAGUGAAAAACUGAUCCAAACCAUCCAAAAUAUUCUGUCCGAUCACAAAAACGUGACCGGAGAGAGAGACGACCUGAUGAGGAAGCUGAAUGUGUUUACUUCACAGCUUGCCUCCAUCUCUAAGGAGAGAGAUGAUCUAAAGAAGAUUAACUCUGAUAUUGAAGCCAACAGUAACAACUUGAGAGAAGACAAGGAUGAACUCAACAGGAAGCUGAAUGAUUUGGAAUCCAAACAGAAUGCCUUGACUGAAGAAAGAGACACUUUGAGGAAAACAAAGUCGUACAUUGAGGCCAUGUCCAGAACAAUCAGCCAGGAAAGAGAUGAGCUGAAGGCAAAGAUCAACACUUUAAAUCAACCAGGAUGGGAGGUUUUUGAAGGCAGUGCCUACUACGUUUCUGCUGGCAAAAAGACCUGGCAAGAGAGCAGACGUUACUGUCAGUCAAAGGGUGCAGACUUGAUGAUCAUCAACAGCAGAAGCAAACAGGUUUUUGGAAACAAGUUUCAGAAGUACAUGUGGAUUGGACUGACUGAUGGAGAAAGAGACGGAACAUGGAAAUGGGUAGACGGGAGUCCAGUUACCACAAGCUACUGGGCAGAUGGCGAGCCAAAUGGUAGAACACUGGAGAACUGUGGGAACAUAAAGACUUACGCUAAGGAGAGAAGCUGGAACGAUGAACAGUGCUCCCAUUCCCUCAACUGGAUCUGUGAAUUAAAGCUAAUCUAGUAACUGUGAUUCAUAUCACAUAAACAGGAAAAAAUCCUCACUUCUUAAAACUCUGAUGUUGCUAAUAUUUGUACAUUUGUCUGCUUUGUUUGGAUGUGAUGUUCUGAAGGUGAUACUGGAGAUGUACUGAUCCACAUUUUGUGAGCAAUUUCAAAUCUUUGAUUUUUGAUCAAAGUUGGAUCUGCUGAGUCUGAUUUUAAAUUUCAAUUAUAAAAACAUUAAAAAAAAUUUCCACACUCCCUGCAGUGAGUUGUCUUUAACUGUUAAUAUUAGGAGUAGAGGCAACUAUAAAGGUGUAAAAAUCUUUGUUUUCCAAGAAUAAAAAUUCAUUGUGGUAAUCAAUUUAUUCUAAUGAUAAAUUCUAACAGAUGAUUUUUGUAAACCCCAAAACUGACAUGAUUUGUGUUGUUAAUUUUACUGUUUAAAUUAUUAUGAUUUUUUGUUCUUAAUUACAGUUCCAUGAGAGGAUCAAUGAA